AUGUUUGUUCCGACAAAUCGUGUCGAACUUACUUCUCCUAAUGCUCAUGCAGAUUUAACAUCUAUUAAAGAACGACGAAUAGAUUCAACUAGUAGACCAAUUGAAGACGUUAACUCAGGCAAAAAUGAAGUAUUGUUUAUCGAAAAGAAAACACUUAAACGACAUCUUGGAUUAUUUUCCGGAAUCUCAUUUAUACUUGGCAUGAUCAUUGGUGAGUAA